AUGCAUGGGCAAGAAGAGGGGCAACAGAAAUCAGCAAAACAUGAAAUUACGCAGGAGCAGAAGACUCAGUUUUGUCACAAGUGUGGGGAUUCCACGAAGCUGGCCCGGCUGAGGCAGUUGGAAUACUUUGAAAUGGAAGACAUUCGCAUUAGUGACAGGAUGAAAAUUUGCCUAGGUGGAAACGAGGAGUUAACUUUCAUUGAAGCAUCCAAGAAGUAUCAAGAAAUGCAUUAUAAAAACGCAGAGAAUCGUGCAUACUCAUUCCCUGCAGGCUUUCUCGCUGUUCCAUACAUGGAGAGAACGGAAGUGGAGAAGUUCUUGAAAUGCUGCCAUAUGAACAUUUUGACAAAAGAUGAUUUGAAAACCCAUGAUGCAUUUCGACUAUUCUUGGAGAGUCGUGGCAUCAUUCUUCGAAGACACAAGGGCCCGGAUCAAGCAGCCAAGGACUGUUACUUAGAUGUGAUGAGGACGUACGUGGCAGUAUCAACAACCGUGGAGGGAUUGCCAAGGACAGUGGAUGACCUGCAGAAACACAUUGACAAAAAUAUGCAGACGGCCUUAACACUUCUAACUCCAGAUCAGAAGCGGAUCUUGGAAUCUGAUCGUGACAUUGACUACCCAGAAAAUCUUGAUAUUCAGCGAGUCAUCGAUUCAUUGGGGAAAGAAAAAGUUGAAGUGCUGAGAGAGAUAAAGAGAAACACGAAAGAGAUAGCAGAGUUCGUGACAGAAGUCAGUCUGUUCAUCCAGAAGAUAUUUCCAUGCUACAAUCUCCACCCCAUGCAAGGGCUGAAUUAUGAUCUGAGAGAGGCGAAAGAAACCCCCCGUGUUGUCUUUAUCGAACCUCCUUCGGGACUGAAAUCGAUGUGCCAAUGGGUAUCGGAGGUAGUCAUAUGGAUUAAAUCAUCUGUACGAAAUGCUCGACUAUUUGUCAUCAUCACAAGGAGGGUCGCAGAAAGGAAAGUUCUUGUUGGAGAACUCGAGCGUCGGGUUGGACAACGUGUCGCCAGUCUCAACUCGAAAGGGGAGCUAAAAGGAACUUCCAGGCCAGAAUUCCUCAUAUUGUAUCAAACUCAGGUGACAGGCAUGUCGUUCCAGGAUGUGAUACUCCUGGAUGGUAUAGAAUUCUAUUGCUCCUGGUCUCGGAUGGUCGGUAUGGCCCGCCGUUCCCUGCAUGUCAUCAGCUUAGAUCAAUUGGCUUCUGGUCGCUGGGAAGAACCUUUUCGGAAAGGAAUCAUCACUUCCUGCUCUCUCAGAAACCUCAAUCCAUGUAGGGAAGUUUAUUUUGAACGACUGGAAAACCGUCCUCGUAUAGAGUUAUUGUGGCUUAAUAUCAGGGAACACAUCUCAACUCAUUCAAUCAACAUCAAAGCUGAGGAAAGAAAAUUGGAGCUUGUUUUCGGACCGAUUCGUUCUGGGAAGACUAUGUUCCUCGUUGAGAGAUUGCAGGGAAAGGAAGAACAAGGAGACAAGGAUUUCUUCACGAACGAAAAAGGAAACAAGUCCAGGCCACGUAAUAUGUUAGUUGAUUGCAGCAGAUGGCGAAAAGAUAAAUAUCCGGAAAGCCUUACACUUAUAGAUUUGGAGGAAAUGAUGAAAAGGAGACGACAGGGAAUUUUAAUAGAGGCCUUCGACAUCCACAACCUCCUAAUUAGGCAUAAACUCGAUAACGUAUACAGUCUUACACCUCGAGUCCUCCAACAACUCCUGAUGAAGAUGUUACAGAAGGAGGAGCAAAUAGGACGAAGACUGCACGUGGCUUUCGAUAAUGUCCCUGUACAUCCGAUUGGACCUGGACCAGUCGAGACGAAGGGUUUGCGGGCUGAAUGGGAGGAUAUUCUUGAUUCCUUCUUGCACAAUGCCACUCUAGCUUCUCUCACCGUUGCCUUCCAACCCUACGUCUAUCACUACACGACCACGUUCGACGUACAGGAGUUCAAGAAAGGAUUUAAACUCUCACCAAGACAAGGCCUCCUUCGUUACGUCCUCUCCCAUGAAUCCUCGUAUGAACUGAGAGUGAAGCCAGGGACCCUGAACACGAGACCACAGCCCUCCUCCCUUGUGUUCGGGCAGAAACCCAUCCUCAUCACUCCUCCUCUCGGUGUGCAUAACCAUGGAGGAUUAAAGUGCAUCGAUGGUCGGGGUCGAGGAUGUGUCGCCGUCACUGCUGCCGCUUAUGUCCUGUCUCUCCAACAUAAGGAAAACUUGGUGGUGCUCAUCUCAGAUGAGGAAAUCCAGGAUAUCUUCACUGAAGCCCUCAAUUUAAUGGAAGCAGGAACGAGUGGGGUUCUAUCGAUCUAUCACCCAAAGGAUUAUCGUGGCUGCGAGAGUUCCGAGGUGAUGUGCGUGGGACUUGAGGACUCGUGGGUGGUGGAGGGGAUUUCCCGCGCCAUCUGGAAACUACUGAUCGUAGACGGCGGGUCUCACCCCGUGGUAAAAUGUCGGAUGGGAUUAUGGAGGGACUUGGUCCGGAGAGGCUUCCUCCAUUCCCCUGAGCCAUUUUCACCCGACCCGGAUCCUCUUCCUCAUGAUGACUGGGCAGCAUUGAAUGAAAAGUACCACUUUCUGCAGAGCAAUAAGGGUCCUGAGGUGGAGGAAGAUGAGGCGAGAGAUAAAUAUCUUCCUGAAGGAAAGCAGGGGAUCUUCGCCAUGGGAACUAUUAACGAACGAUGGGGGGGUGGCGGAAUAUGGGAACUCUCUACUGACCCCGCGACUUUCUGGAUCAACAGUCACUAUAGCGUAAGCCACGUCUUCCUCGCCCACUCCAACCGACUCAUACACGGAAGAGGGGAAACAUUGCACAUAUUUCGUCUGGAGAGGAAGCAUAUCAAUGAAGCUCCUUACGGAUGGGACGUGGAAUUUCAUAUCCCACCUCCUUUUUUCAUCAAAGGAACCUCGGGAGUCGUUAUCCACAGCUCGCUCUUCCUCUUUGGGGGAGAAAAAAGUCCUCGAGAAGUCGGCCGACUGGACCUCGUUACAGGUUCAUGGGAAAAUCUCUUACCGAUGACAAAUGGGAGAAAGGGAGCAGUUUCGGUGAUGAGUGACCCCCACACCAUCUCACUCAUGGGGGGUGAGGAUCCUGAAACUAAAAGAACCCUCUUCAGCUGCGAGUACUUUGACACGAGAAGCGGACGUUGGUGUACCUCGCACCUUGACAUUCCAAAACCUGUCGCAAGCCAUGCAGCAACUGUUUAUAAGGAUCAUGUAUACAUCUCCGGAGGAUGGAAUGGGAAGGAAACCACAAAGGACGUGUGGAGGUCAAGAGUGACUGCAGGGAGCCCCUGGGAAAGUAUUCCCUCACUAGAAAUAGCUAGGUCUGGUCAUGGGAUAGUGCAAGACAGUGCCGGGGAACUGUCUGUCAUCGGUGGAAGGAAGGUUUUUUCAGAUCAGGAAGCAACACAGGUUCUCCAGACAGAGACCUUAUCUCUGGAAGAGGAAAGCUGGAAGGUCGGAGAGAAAUUACCCUUUCGAAAUCUCUGGAGAGCGACGGAGAUGAAGGGAGAUGAAGAGCAUGACAGCUGCUUCUUCCUGUUGGGAGAUGGAACUCCUCUGAAACGAUGGACUCCCUGCUUCACCGACAUCAUCUACAUUUCCUGGCAGAUGGCGACCCGCACUCCAUGGACCAAUCAAAGUACAAAAAAUUCAAGACUCGGUCAUCAUUCCCUAAAACUCUCUCUUUGA